AUGGCGACUGCUCUAUCUCGAGCCACGGUGGCAGAGGAGCUCGACUCGUGGACCCGGCUGGUGGACAUGACGCUACAGGAUGCUCGUGUGCUGACGUUGCAGCAGUACGUCGAGCUAUACGGUGCCCAGCUCGACGUCGAAGACGUCGAAAUGCCAGAUGGACCCGCCACUGCCUCCGCCUCCGCUUCGGUAUCCACGGCCGCAGCGGCGUCAACGUCGCUACCGCCACCGCAACGACAGAGUAGCAAUGUCGAGCCCCACACCGAGACCAGCGGCGCGGUCCCAACCGUCGAUGCGGAGGGUGAGACGCUCUCGUACGUCAAGGUCAAGGGGAGAGGCAAGACGAAACCCGUCCAGGUCGACUCGACCCGUUCGGCCGUUAGCCAACUCUUCGAACUGGCCUCGCAUCUCGGCGUCCCGAGCCCCAUCAUGGAUAGCAAGAGCCUCAACCUCUCAAAGGGACCGGCGGGGCUCAAGCACUUUGUCACUCUUCGUUUCCUAGACCGGAUCUGGGAGGAUACACACGGCGCGACGUCCGUCAAGGCUGGAAGGGAGGCAGUCUGCGCCCUGGCGCUUCGCGACAUCCUCGAUGCCUCUCGACGCGAGGCUUAG